AUGGCGGAACCGCAGAAGACCCCUCUACUUCCCUCCCAAGAGAAAGAGACCACAUCGCCACCAAAUGGCACCACCACCACCACCAGCCCAAGCCAAAAUGGCGGGAAGAAGGAGAAGGGACGAGUGCGAUUUAAUAGCACCGCUGGGGAAGCGCUCCCCAACACACCAAGACUCAACAAUGACCAUGACGCUAUCCAAAGGGAAAGGACUGCGGCUUCCUCUGAGGCUGAGGACUACUUUGGUCCCAUGGUGAAGAGACCGCGGCCGUCCAUCGUCCGAGGGAGCUCGUACAAUUCGUUUCUCGACAAUAUGGACAACGACAACCCGGAAAUCAGCCCGGAAAAGGCCCAGUCAGCUGCCGCUGCCCACCAAAGGGCGCAGGCGUGGGCGCAAGGUGUGGAUACUGAGAAGUUGGGGCCUUGGUCCGCUCAAGAUACCAGGCGCAGCUCGUAUGACUCGGAGGAAACAACACACAGCGCGGGCGGUCUGCUUGGUCCAAAUUCCAUAGCCCUGAACAAUCUCAUGGCAGCGAGAGAACAAGCAAAUCGUCAGGGCCAGCCCAGCACUGCGAAGACGAUGUCACAGGAUAGACGCGAUCUGGAACUCCAAGCUUACAACCUCGUCCGAGCCCACACGGUUCUGAACUCGGAUUUUUCGCAUCGAAGUCAACCAGAGACGAGAGAUCCGCUGAUGCAUGCCUCGGGUGACGAUACACCUGACCACCAUGCCGACCAUGGACGUGAAGGUGUCUUGUCAUCUCUUCUGAAGCUCUACCAUUUGCAGAACGAUCAACCAGAGCAUGGCCGGAGGGACUACAGCAGUGGAACUAACACCCCUGGAUUCACAACUCCCGGUUCGUCAGGUGCAGCAACUCCAACGCGCCGCAAGUGGUACAAGCAGGAGAAGAACCGGUCGCAGGACACACUCGCCAAUCUCACAAAGGCGUCGGCCAUUCUGUCUAUGGACCCGAAUGUCGGACCACGAAUACAGCAAGGAGAGGCGGAGUCCAAAACGCGGCCAAAGCACAAGCGAACUCAUAGCGCCAGCUCCAAAUUCACCGCAAUGAUCGGCAAACGAGCAGAACAGGAGGCUAGAAUCACGAUACACGUUGCCGACAUCUUGAAGCGCCAGGAAUAUAUCAUCAAACUAUGCAGGGCGUUGAUGUUGUUCGGGGCUCCAACCCACCGUCUCGAAGAGUACCUCAAUAUGGCUGCGAAGGUCUUGGAGAUACGAGGCCAGUUCCUCUACAUCCCAGGGUGCAUGAUCAUUUCCUUCGAUGACAUAAUGACGCAUACGACUGAGGUGAAGAUCGUCCGAACAGUGCAGGGAGUCAAUCUCGGGAAGCUUAAGGAUAUCCACGAGAUAUACAAGGAGGUCCUGCACGACGUCACACCGCUGGAUGAAGCUAUACCCCGACUCGAGGAGGUGACAGAGGAGAAGGAUCGAUUCCACCCAUGGGUGAGAGUCAUGAUGUACGGCUUCGCCUCCGCCACCGUUGCACCCUUCGCCUUUGGUGGUCGGCUUAUUGACAUGCCGAUUGCCUUCAUACUGGGUUCCUUAGUCGGCAUUUUGCAGCUCAUCAUUGCUCCACUGUCCGACCUAUACAGCAACGUGUUCGAGAUCAUGGCCGCGAUCCUCACCAGCUUCCUCGCCAGGCUAUUCGGAAGCAUACGGGGCGGAGAGUUAUUCUGCUUCUCGGCACUGGCACAGAGCUCUAUCGCACUCAUUCUCCCAGGUUACCUCGUUCUCUGCGCAGCUCUCGAGCUUCAGUCGAAAUCAAUCGUGCCGGGUUCGAUUCGAAUGGUAUACGCCAUAAUUUACUCGCUCUUCCUCGGGUUCGGUAUCACCGUCGGCACUGCCAUGUACGGUAUGAUUGAUUCCAACGCCGUCUCAAGCACGACUUGCAAUGACACGAUGGAGGACAAGUACUUUUUUGUGUUCGUACCCUUGUUCGCCUUCUGCCUUAUGAUUGUCAACCAAGCCAAGUGGAAGCAGAUGCCGGUCAUGACUGCCAUCGCCUUGAUCGGAUACGUAGUCAAUUACUUUAGCAGCAAGAAGUUCCCCGCGAGCGCGCAGAUUAGCAACACAUUUGGUGCGUUUGCGAUUGGAAUCACGGCCAACGUGUACAGCAGAGUACGUCAUGGAGUGGCCGCCGCCGCACUUCUACCAGCCAUUUUCGUGCAAGUGCCAAGUGGACUUGCUGCAUCCGGGAGCCUUCUCAGCGGGUUGAGUACGGCUAACCAGCUGACAAACUCCAACUCGACUGCAAUAAACGGCACUGCUACACUGAUCCAGUUGUCUGUUGUCUCGAGCGACUCUCAGAAUUUGGUCUUCAAUGUCGCAGCGAGCAUGAUUCAGAUUGCCAUCGGCAUUACGGUUGGCUUGUUCGGGUCUGCGGUUAUUAUUUAUCCGUUCGGCAAACGGAGGAGUGGGCUGUUUACACUUUAG